CCCCCAUCCCCUCCCCUGGGCCAUGGCCAACUCAGGCCUUCAGCUCCUGGGCUACUUCCUGGCCCUGGGUGGCUGGGUGGGCAUCAUUGCCAGCACAGCACUCCCGCAGUGGAAGCAGUCCUCCUACGCAGGAGAUGCCAUCAUCACCGCCGUGGGCCUCUACGAAGGGCUCUGGAUGUCCUGCGCCUCCCAGAGCACCGGUCAGGUGCAGUGCAAGCUCUAUGACUCGCUGCUUGCCCUGGAAGGUCACAUCCAGUCAGCGCGAGCCCUGAUGGUGGUGGCCGUGCUCCUGGGCUUCGUGGCCAUGGUCCUCAGUGUCAUCGGUAUGAAGUGCACCCGGGUCGGAGAUAGCAACCCCAUCGCCAAGGGCCGAGUGGCCAUCGCUGGGGGUGCCCUCUUCCUCCUGGCGGGCCUCUGCACUUUGACAGCCGUCUCGUGGUAUGCCACACUGGUGACCCAGGAGUUCUUCAACCCCAGCACACCCGUCAACGCCAGGUACGAGUUUGGUCCAGCCCUGUUUCUGGGCUGGGCCGCCGCCGGCCUGGCCAUGCUGGGCGGCUCCUUCCUCUGCUGCACGUGCCAGGAGCCCGAGAGAUCCAACAGCAGCCCGCAGCCCUACCGGCCCGGCCCCUCGGCGGCUGCUCGAGAACCAGUUGUUAAAUUGUCUGCCUCCACCAAGGGCCCCCUGGGUGUGUAAUGUCCAGGUUCCCCAGCCUGGCUCUGUCCCCCUGCCACACCUAGACCGGGUGCUUGGUAUCUUUUGGAAAGAAAAGUGAACAUCCA